GUUCGCCUGACGCCCAUUUUCAUCUCUCCUGUCCUGAUUACAUUUUUUUGUUCCUACCGUCCUUCGAACCUUAAAAAGAAUGUUUACGGUUUACAAUUUAUGCUCCGGAGAUCGCUCAUAAAUUAUUGAUUCUCCUAGGAUUUGUCGUUUACGCAUUGAAGAUUGAGGAUUUGGGUUGUCUGAGAAAUCAAUUAGGCUGUCGAAGAUUCAAGUUUUCGAGUUAUGAGGAAUGAUGAUCCUUUCAUGCUUGUGAAAUAUUGAGAGAUCUUGGGUUUGAGCCUCUGGGUUGCUUGCAAUUGGUUUCCUGGAAGGCUGAAACCAUUAAUUUGGAAGUGAAUUGGGUGUUUACUUGAAAUGGGUGGUGAUGUUGCUUGUUGUGGAGUUGUAGAUUCAGGGGAGUCGGAUUCUUUCUAUGCGACUAAACCAGAAUAUCAAGAUGACGUCCCGAAAACCCGAUUUAAGCUCAGGGCUGGUAAGACUCUUAGUGCAAGAAAGUGGAAUUCUGCAUUCUCACAAGAUGGUCAAUUGGAUAUAGCAAAAGUUCUUAGGCGGAUUCAACGUGGGGGAGUCCAUCCAUCAAUAAAAGGGGUAGUCUGGGAGUUCCUUUUGGGUAGCUUUGAUCCCAAUAGCACCUUCAAUGAACGGAAUCAGCUCAGGCAACACCGGAGGUGGUAUCAGUAUGGAACAUGGAAGUCUGAGUGUCAAAAGAUGGAACCGACAAUUGGUAGUGGGACAAUCAUCUUGGCACCUAUCAUCACUACAGAUGGUCGACCCAUCUGUGAUCCUUCAAAUAAUAGAGAUACACAAGAAGACAAUACUGUGCCAACGUCCACUCCUGAUGCUUCUUUGAAGCAUGAAGAGCAUGCAGUUGAUACUGAUUUGGAAAAGAAAGUGAUUCAAUGGAAGCUUACUUUGCAUCAAAUUGGUUUGGAUGUCGUCCGCACAGAUCGAUCACUUGUAUUCUAUGAGAGUGAAGCUAAUCUUGCAAAACUCUGGAAUGUUCUUGCUGUGUAUGCAUGGAUAGAUAAUGAAAUUGGCUACUGUCAGGGAAUGAAUGAUCUGUGCUCUCCUACAGUUGUUCUUCUUGAAAAUGAAGCAGAUGCCUUUUGGUGCUUUGAACAUGUAAUGCGAAGAAUGCGUGAAAACUUCAAGGCUACAGCAAGUUCAAUAGGUGUUCAAUCACAGCUGAACGCACUUGCAACAAUAAUUAAAAUGGUUGAUCCAAAGCUUCAUCAACACCUUGAGAAUCUAGAUGGAGGAGAGUAUAUAUUUGCAUUCCGCAUGUUGAUGGUACUUUUCAGAAGAGAGUUCUCAUUUGUGGAUGCAUUGUACCUUUGGGAGUUGAUGUGGGCCAUGGAGUACAACCCGAGCCUAUUCUCUUUGUAUGAAGGCCCAAAUGCAGCUAUGGAUAGGAAUAAUGCACCCAAGGGCAAUGACAAGCUGCUAAAACAGUAUGGGAGAUUUGAGAGAAAAAAUUUAAAGACCGGAUUCAGUGACAAAAGCAGCUCUCUAUCUGUUUUUGUCGUUGCAGGUAUCCUCAAGUCCAAGAAGAAGCAGCUGUUGAGAGAGGCAAGGGGUCUGGACAAUGUUCUCAAGGUUUUGAAUGAAUUAACUGGAAAAUUAGAUGCAAAAAAGGCAUGCAACGAAGCUUUGAAGAUUCACAAAAAAUAUUUGAGCAAGACUAAGAAAUGAUAAUGGUGCUUGACGUCAUAAAUUUGUUGUCUAACCAGAUCCUUACACCCAAUUGGCUGAUGCAUUGAGAACCAGAGCUUGUCACCAAGAUUUUUCUUGUAAAGUUUCUUCAUCUCAGAUGUAGUGUUCCAAUAGCUGAGCUCUCCUUUUGUUUUUCUUUUUCCUCAAAUUUUUGUUGAUUAUGAUGUUAUCUCUGCAACAUCAAAAAGAAUAGGGGAUGUAGAAAAUAUUUUUUUUCACAGAAGUUACUUUCUACUCUGCAUGCUCAAACGCUCCUGUAUAAGAAUUUUUCUUUUUCAAUUUUGUAAAGUAUUGUAGGUAAUGAUUGUUGACCCCAAAAUGGUGGGUGCAUGGUGGGUAUACUUUUGCCAUAUUUGACCGUCCUUUGCCCUUUGUGAGUCAACCAACAUAAAGUCACAAGUAUUUUUCUUAUCCAUUUAGGCUAGGCUAAUCACAUUUUUAAGUCAAUUUAAUUUUAGUACAUACACAAUCAUAUA